CCCAGUGUCGACAGCAGACAAUGCAGCCGGCGGUGGUCGUAGCCUCCCUCGCGGCUCUGUUGGCAUCAGACGGGACGGUGCUGGACUGCGUCUGCACCCACCUCCGCCACGUCACUGCCUCUGGCAGCAUCUGGGGAGCGAGUGCCGGUGAACGCUACAUCUGGUUCCACUACUGUGAAUAUCCCGAAUGGUUCCCGGUGGCCGUAGCAUUCGGGCCCCCGGAGCAUCAUCCGUCCGCCGCAGACUCACCUGUGGAGCGCCUGUCGGCCCGCAUCUGGGACUACGGACUGCCGCCGCCGCCGCCGCCGCCGCCGCCCGCAGGUGGGUGGCGGCAGGGAGGGGGAAGGGGGUGCGCCGGCGCCCUGGCCGAGCUCCGCCGCCUCGCGUGGGAAGAAGCCUGGCAGCUCGUCGAGGAGCUCGACUGCCGGAUCGCCGGCGACUGCAUCGACUCCUGCUCUGUGCCGAGGUUGAACAACAUGGAAUGGAACAUGACAACGCUGCAAAUGGAUGAUCUGAGACCUAUCCUGUCUCAGUCACUCCAAGCUGUUCGGCGCAUCACAAGAGCCACGGUCGGCAGGAUGACAUGUGAGGGCUGGCGUCUACCUGAUUCUGAGCGGAUGUAUAAAACUGUUUUCCAGGAACGCCUCUCCAGCUACUGGCGAGACGUGGCGCAGCUGCUCUCGCUCAGUGCGACGCACUACUCACAGCUGUUGGUUCCCCUCGCAUUCGAAGAUAUGGGUAACCACACGAGUGGUCAGCAACUCCACGGUUGGAUCAAGGACGUGGAACGUGUGAAAGACAUGCUGCACACGAAAUUAAUCGGAUUGGUACACGACGCGCAAUACGUCAGCAAACAGGUAGAGCACUACGAGAUGGAAGAAAAGGACAGGCCGGGACGCUUGAUAUUCAGGCGGCCGCUGUUGAGUGAACGCCUACUGCGCUAUCAGCCGUGGAACCUCUCCUUUCCCGACGACUUCAGUGCGCUGUGCGAGGAGCGGCAGCCAGAGCUGUCGCAGGUGUUCAGCCUAGCUGCCUCACUGUACGCCGCCUAUCGCGUCUACUGGUACGCUGCCGCUGAGUACAUCGAUUUAUUAUACGAAGAUGAAUUCAAGACUGUAGAUGAGGAGUGGCAGCUGGAAGACAGAAGCAACGCUACGUUCUCUGUGGACACUGACUGCGUGCAGCUGUUGGUGAACGCCCUGGACCACCCCACAUGUCCGCUGGAACACCUGCCUCUGGAAGCGGUUAAGCAGCGCGAGCAGUGCCGUGUGCAGCUGUGGGACGACGUGGUGCAGAGGUCGCCCCUCAUACCCGUGACCAGCUACCUGGCCUACACGCAGAGGGUGAACGUCAACCUCUGUCUGCUGGCCUGGAUGGCAGUCAACUCGUACAGCAUUUGUCAGGGCGUCCCAUUUAGUAUGAUACAGUCCGUGAGUGAUGCUCGUUGCUAUUUCGAUAGACCUGACGAUCAAUCGUGUCUGCAAUCGAACGCUACAGAUGCCAUCUGCUCUGUUUCCAGAGCUAUUCUGUUGCUGAAGUGCCGCGAUUUUUCCUCCUUUAAGCAUUGCCAUAAUUGUACGCUCAUUUAUUUCCAAUUUCUAUCGAGCGAUCGUACUAGCAGCAUGCUGCAUCAAAAGCUAACAGAAGAAACACUGAACUACAAAAACAGUUUAAAUAACGCUACCUUAAAAUACAAGGAUUUCAAAAUCGACAGCUUGAAGCCUUUAGAAAUUUCAUUUAUAAUGGUAAACAUUAUUUUCCGUUUUUCGACUGCCGGAGUAUACAUGUACCUUCCCCAGUUACGUAACUUGCCUGGAAAGAUACUCUUGUCCUUUCAGAUCACGUGUAUAAUCCAGAUCCUGUGUUCUGAGGUCGUGUAUCGUAUGGCAGGUUUCCCUGACUUACCUACAGCAGUGCUGAUAGAUAGCGCCCUCACACUUCUCAGCUGUAUCUGGCUAAACUCAUUCUGCUACCAGAUGUAUGCUUGUGUUCGUCAUCUCAGGCUUCCAAACGACCUGCUACCUGCUGAAGUAAGCAAGUUAUUCUGUCAUCAGGUGUUGUAUGUGUUAAUACCGUGGAGUAUAGUAUGUGCGGCAGCUGUUGCUUUGGAAAAGACGAGUAAAUAUUACCUGAUCCACAGUCGUGUGUUAGUCCUUCUGGGGACUUCAAUGUCAGUGGCUUUCAAUUUGGUUUUUCAAGGCCUGGUUGGAUACAUGUACCUACGUACUCGGUAUUCAUUGCGGCAACUCAAAAUUGUUGACAACACUAAAUUUGCCUCAAAGAAGGAAUGUCUUUUUAUGUCAGUUAAGGCCGUUAUUUUAAGUGGAAUAGGAAUUAUUAUUAGAAUUGGGUUCCACCAGGCUCAAGGGAUAGCGCAGUUAGUGUAUUAUGUACAUCUAGCUACAAUGGUGCAAGGACCAGUGCUCUUCGUCUGUUUCGUUUGUAAUGGAACGACGCUCCCCGUAGUGAAGAACAGGGUACUGGCAUGGUGGAACCCAAAUAGCAUCCCUGCUGGGCUAGAGCUGUGUUUAGCAGCUGAGAGGAAUCUAGCCAGGAGAAACAAUGAACAGUCUCUGGUUACAGAAUCCUCUCUGUAGCCUCCUUCAGUAUUUUUCGCAAGUAACUGUCUUGACAGUAGACUGCAUUAAAGCCAGCAAUAAAAAUUGAAUCUACCUGAUAUGACAAUAUUAAACGUCAUUAAAUGUGAUAUAGUACAGCCAGGACUUCUCUUUCCUUAUGUCUUCUUCAUUUAUAACUGCAUGCUUGCUUGCAAGUGGUAACCUCUGUCUACACAUUCUAAGGCACUGAGAUUACUUACUAGAAUUGUUGGGAAACGCUUUGUGUACCCAAAAAUAUCUGGUACCGUGCACCGCGGAAUUUGAAUCCCCACCAGACGUUAUGGACGUCGAAGACCCCUAGAGGUCUCUGCACCAUCGCGCCGUAAGCUGUGGCGGCGCUCGCCCCCUGGCCCGCAUUUAGCGUGAGGGCGCCACAGUGGAACACGUGGUUGCACCGGCCAAUAGCGGCGUCCUCGAUAGAGUACUUAAGCGCCUGCCUCUCGCUCAGCCAGUCCCCGAUCCUCUCCCACCCCCGCCCGCUGCCGCGCCUGUAUUCCUACGUCCCGCCCGGUCUCCAUCUGUCCACCCUCCUUACCCUCUCCCAAGGUGGCUUCCGCCGGCUCCCUCUCCCUGAUGAUGUCCUCGUCCCCUCCAACUACCCCUCCUAUCAACUUUGACCCUGCCCCGCCCCCCCCUUCCGGUGUCCUUUCCUUUCGGCACCCUCCCUCCCUUCUUUUCUCUUCCCU